UCAUGCCUGGAGGGCCCGGGUCGGCAGGCAAGCUCCCGGGGGCUGAUGGGUUACCCCCGAGUGGGGGAUGGGCGCACACCGGACGCGGACCACACUGCGCAUGCUCAGUCCGGGGUCCGACUGCGGCUUGGGCCAGAGGUGCACCCCAGCGCCCCGCAGAGGGACAGGGAGGCCGAGUCUUCCCCUCAAGACCCUAUGGAAAAGUACCAGAUCUUGGACUGGCUGAAUCCUGGGGCUUUGGGGGUGAACCUGGUGGUAGAGGAGACAAAAACCAAAGCAAAACGCAUGAUAAAGCAGGUGGAGUGCAUUGAUGAGCAUCAGGCCAACGAGGCCCUGGAGGAGCUGAUGCCGCUGCUGAAGCUUCAGCAUGCCCAUAUCUCCAUCUACCAGGAGCUCUUCAUCACGUGGAACAGUGAGAUCUCCUCUCUGUUCCUCUGCCUGGUGAUGGAGUACCACAAGGAAAGCUUCCAGAAUGUCAUUGAGAAGAACAGGGCGGCAAAGACAGCCAUGGACUCCGAGUGGCUGCAGAACAUGCUGGGCCAGGUGCUGGACGCGCUGGAUUACCUGCACCACUUGGAUCUCAUCCACAGGAACCUCAAGCCCUCCAACAUUGCCCUCGUCAGCAACGACCACUGCAAACUGCAGGAUCUGAGCUCCAACACGCUCAUGACCGACAAGGCCAAGUGGAACGUCCGGGCGGAGGAAGACCCCUUCCAGAAGUCCUGGAUGGCCCCCGAAGCCCUCAGCUUCUCCUUCAGCCAGAAAUCCGACAUCUGGUCCCUGGGCUGCAUCAUCUUGGACAUGGCCAGCUGCUCCUUCCUGGACAUGCUGGAGGCCAUGCACCUGCGGAAGAACAUCCGGAGCUCCCCCGACAGCCUGAGCGGUGUCCUGAGGACCAUGGAGGAGAGGAAGGUCCCCGACGCGGAAACCUUCCAGUCCCUCUUGCCUCUGAUGCUCCAGGCCGACCCGGGGGAGCGAGUCACCGUCAGGGAUGUGAUUCACUUGACCUUCGUGCGCAGCAACUUCCGGUCCUCCAGCAUCGCCCUGGUGCUGCACCGGCAGGUGGUGCCUGAGUUCAUCAUCGACAUGCUGCUCGACAGCAACGUGGCCAGCACCUUCGAGGUCAUGCAGAACUUCUCCAGCCGCCCCGAAGUCCAGCACAGGGCCCUGAAGAGGCUCCUGAGGAUGACUGAUGACCAGCUGGGUCUGCCGUGGCCGGCGGAGCUGGUGGACGUGUUGCUCACCACCAUGAAGCGGCACCAGAGGAUGCUGGACAUACAGCUGUGUGCCUGCGGCCUGCUGCUGCGGACCCUGGGCCAAGCGCUGGCCCAGGACCCGGGGGCCACAGUAGCGAACACCAGCACCGUCACCCCCGUGCUGCUGAGUGUCCUGCAGAGCUACCCCGCAGAGGAGCAGCUCCUGGUCAUGGUCUACAGCCUGCUCACCAUCGUGGCCAGCCAAGGUGGGUGACUGCCCACAGACGAGCUGCAGAGGGCCGGGCUGUUUGAGGACAUCCUACAGCGCCUGGACAGCCUCCCCAGGAACAGGGACAUCUGUAUCCACGGCCUGAGCCUGCUCUGGGCCCUGCUGGCAGACGCUGUCAUCGUGAACAAGGCCCCCUUGGAGAGAGCCCCGGCUCUUGUCGCUGAGGUGCUGGCCACCUUCCCCCAGGAUGCAGAGAUGGCGGAAGCCGGCUGUUCGGUUCUGUGGCUGCUGUCCUUGCUGGGCUGCAUCCAGGAGCAGGAGUGCGCGGAAGUGGCGGACCUGCUCCUGCGGAGCGUGCAGCUGUGCCAGGACCGAGUCCUGCUGCUGAACAAUGCCUACCGCGGGCUGGCCAGCCUCGCCAAGGUGUCCGAGCUGGCGGCCCUGCAGGUGGUGAUGCCUAGGGAGAGCGGCAGUGGCCUGGACCUCAUCCUGGAGACGUACCAGCUGCACCGCGACGACCCGGAGGUGGUGGAGAGCAUGUGCCUGCUGCUGGCCCACCUGGCCGCGUACAAGGAGAUCCUGUCUGAGCUGGCGUGCAGCAGCAUCCAGCCCCUGGUCGUGGAGAUCCACGGACGCUUCACCUCCAGCCUGGAGCUUGUUUCUUACGCAGCCAGCGUGCUCCGCAGACUGGAGGCGGCCGCCCAGUCCAGCUUUGAGGGCAGCCGGUAG